AUGGAUACAGAAAACCAAACAGGUGUCUCAGAAUUCCUCCUCUCGGGCUUCUCAGAGGAUCCAGAACUUCAGCCCCUACUGUUUGUGCUAUUCUUAUCCAUGUACCUGGUCUCUGUGCUUGGGAACCUGCUUAUCAUCCUCACUAUCACCUCUGAUUCCCACCUCCACACCCCCAUGUACUAUUUCCUCUCCCACCUGUCUUUUUCCGAUAUUUGUGUCAACUCCUCCGUAGUUCCCAAAGUGCUGGUGAACAUCCAGACAGAGAGCAAAGCCAUCACUUAUGCAGGCUGCAUCACCCAGAUGUUUUUUUCCUCAGCAUUUGUGUGUUUGGACAACCUCCUCCUGAGUGUGAUGGCUUAUGACCGCUUUGUGGCCAUCUGUCACCCCCUGCACUACACAAUUAUGAUGAACAAACACCUCUGUGGACUGCUGGCUCUAGUCUCUUGGCUUGCCAGUGUCCUGGUCUGCCUCCUCCACAGUCUGAUGGUGCUGCGUCUCUCGUUCUGCGCACACACAGAAAUUGCCCACUUCUUCUGUGAAAUGACAGAGGUGCUCAAGUCUGCCUGCUCUGAUGCUCUCACUAAUUAUGUUACACUGUAUUCUACAGUUGGUCUUCUGGCUGUUGUUCCACUGUUUGGGAUCAUUUUCUCUUACUCUAAGAUUAUUUCCUCCAUAUUGAAAAUGUCUUCAGUGGAGGGGAGGUACAAAGCAUUUUCCACCUGUGGGUCUCACCUAACAGUCAUUUGCUUAUUCUACGGGACAGGGUUAGGCGUGUACCUCAGUUCUGCCUUCCCCUCCUCCUCCUCAAUGGGAACAGUAGCCUCAGUGAUAUACUCCAUGGUCAUCCCCAUGCUGAACCCCUUCAUCUACAGCCUGAGGAACAGGGACAUGAAGAGGGCCCUGAGGAAGCUUUUCAGCAGGUCUUUCUUCUCCAUGUGA